CGCGGCGCGGCCCUGCGCCGGCGGCUGAGGAAACGAAAGCCGUUGCCUCGCCAGCCGACUUCACCUUCAGGCUGCAGCAUGAACGGCAGCGUGGCGGGCGGCGGCGUUUCCGAGGAGGUGAUCCGGCUCACCCGGGGACCCUCAGGGCUGGGCUUCAACAUUGUUGGUGGUACAGAUCAGCAGGUCAUUUCUAAUGACAGCAGCAUCUAUGUCAGCCGGAUCAAAAAGGAUGGGCCAGCUCACCUCGAUGGCCGAUUACAAGAAGGAGAUAAAAUUCUGGCGAUCAAUGGCAGAGACUUGAAGAAUUUGCGACACAUGGAUGCUGUGGAACUGUUCAAAAAUGCAGGCUAUGAUGUGUCUCUGAAAAUUCAGCACAGGUUGAAGCCAGAAAAUGGCCCAGCGGGUCAUCGAGGUGGUGGAGACUCAGGUGGGCUUCCCCUAGCAGCCAUUCUUGUUCCAGGCCUGGCACUCGCUGCAGCAGCAGUCUGGAUCUUGUUGAGGUAUCGACACCGGAUGUGAAGAGUACAUGCUUUGGAGAUCACUGCGUAUUUUACAGCUAUGAUGUAAUGUAAAGAUAGAGAUUAACGAUCUUGUCUCAGACUGAUGUCAAAGAGGAUCAUUGUCUACCGUAAAGUUGCUGCUGGUGUUCUUUAUAUAUUGAUUUAUUGCAGAGUAAGCAGAAAGGAGCAGGGGAAAGGAGACGACUGUGUUCAUGUAUUAAGUGGGAUGGCUGUUGUGUUGUCUUUAACUCAUAUGAGAAGUUUUUAGCCAUCUCCUUCCAUUUGCACCACGAACUUUCAAACACACAUCUGUUCCAUGUUUUAGGAUGUGAUUCUUUAUGAAGAGGU